AUGCAGUAUAUCAUAUUUUGUUGUGUCUUAUAUCUUCUUGUUUUACAACAAGCAAUGAGUACUGCAUCAUUCGCUUCGUUCCUUCGAACUUCUGAUCUCGAAGCAACAAAACCAUAUUCUGGCAGACAUUUGCGGGCUCCACUUAUGGGUCGAUCACUACUAUCAUCGUUCGCUGAUGAUGCCUAUUCUAUUUCAAAUGAGACCAAUGAUGUAGAUGAAUUAGCAAAAUCCAACAGGCAGCGUCUACUUUUGGCAUUAUCAAAUCAAAAAAGAAUGAUCGUUUUGAAUUUUAUUGGAGAUAAAGAUGUUGAUGAAAAGUUCUAUGGUAAAAUGUUAGCAAAACGUUUAGUUGCUCAAUCGAGUACUUCUGAAGAUUAUAAACAACUGAUGAUCUCAAAGUUAAGAGUAAAUACAACUAUCAUCAUAAAUCGAUAUUACCAUUUUUUUUCUUUGGCCAGACAGCAUACGGUUUUCCAUUUACGAAUGCUUCAAGAUAAUGAUGUUAGUAAAAAUUUAACUCGUGAAUAUCGAACGUAUUGUAAAGAAAAAGAUGCCGAAGAUAUGGUGUUGAAGUCAAGAGUCGGUAGUUUCACAGGUUUUUAUACUGACCGUCAAAGUGGUCGAAAAUUAAUAUGGCUUCAUUAA